UUACGGACCUGACGUCGACAGUCGAACAUCUUCAUCGUUCUUCGUAUUUACUAUGGAGAAUCCUAUUUUCAGAAGGGCCCCUAACGGGACCCUUCUGCUGAAGGCUUCGGCCGGGGCCCUUGCAAUACGGCCCCGGCCAUCUGGCAGCCAGGCCCCCUACAGGGCCAAGAAGCCAGAGGAGGUGGAUGCGGAGGCCUGGGCCCACGUCAACUCCGAGGGUGGCGACACCACAAACGCCACCCUCAUCCUGAGCCGGUGGAAGGUCCAGUUUGGGAAAUACCAGGGGAAGACCUUCCACUGGCUGCUGGAGAAUGACGUGGGCUACAGCAUCAAUCUGGUGGCCUCCCACCAGAAGGAGCGAGAGAGGACAGGGUCUCAGUCCCCGCUGAUGGCCAACAAGGAUGCUUUCACCCGCUACUCCUCGGCGUACCCUGACUUUGCGGAGGCAGUCAGGUUCCAGCGGGCGUUCGAGGAGGCGCGGGUGAAGUCCCUCCAGCCCGGGCAGGAGGGACAGGCACUUGUUGGCUUCGGGGACUUUAAAUUUGAGACCCUGCAGAGCCUGUACGAGUCUGAGGACUCCAAAAAGAUCCGAUUUGUCAACUACCUCCGGAGGAAGAUGCCAGCUCCCGGCACGCAGAUGGAGAACGCCGUCCAAUAUGUCCGUAACAGGGACAGACAGAGAGACAGGGCUGUUGCUGCAUCCACCACCGCAACUGCUGCUGCAUCCGCGCCACCACCACCACCAGCAGCAGCAGCAGCAGCAGCAGCAGCAGCCAAGCCUCUGUCUCGGCCGCAAGCCAGAGAGCCAAGAGUACCUCACAACCUCUUGGUUCUGCGCUUGCGGCCUUUGUCUCAGGGCGGCGUUCUCUGUCUGCGGUGGAAAUGCAGGCAAAAUUAAAAAAGAUUAUUCCCAAGCCUGCAUUUCCAGCCUCUUCCUUCCAGCCCUUCAGACCAGCUCUUCCCUCCACUUCCACCCAGGAGCCCUCCGAUGAAGAGCUGGUCAAGGCGGUAGUUGACUUGGAGAAGUAGGAGGAGAGGAAAACGACAGCCUCAGACGUACAGGCCCCUCUCUCGCUCCCGCAGCAUCCACCUCCUCCCCCCUCAGCGGUGGCAGCAGCAGCACAGAAGGGGGCUGGUGUCUCUGCCGGGGACGAGCCCACGAAUGAGGAGCUGCUGGAGGCCACACAGGACCACAACGAGCCCCUGCAACCUCCAGCAGCCAUGGA